AUGGCCGAAUCUCCAGACAGCCGCAGUCUUGUUUCUGCGUCCUCACAGCUCAAUUUAAUGGAAAUAGAGCCAAUUGAUGAUAAAGAGUUUGACAUCCCUCAAUUGGACACUCCUCCGACCCUAGAGAGCAUCCUGAAUGAGUGUUCAGGAAAAGAUCAGAACCAGGCCCUGCGGCUGUGUUUGGGCACCACAGUGACUGGAGCAGAGUGCGGGGCAGUGUCGGCUCUCAGUAUUAAUCAUGACUGUACAUGGCUGCUGUGUGGCUUUGCUAAAGGACAGAUCACCAUGUGGGAUCUGGCCAAUGGGAAACUGCUUCGAACUAUCACAGAUGCCCACACACCUGGCACUGCCAUCCUUCAUUUCAAGUUCACUGACAACACGACAUUAGCUGUGUGUAAUGAUAGUGGGGGAUCAGUGUUUGAACUGUCAUUCAGGAGGGUGAUGGGGAUGAGGACAUGUGAAUCCAGGUGUUUAUUCAGUGGUUCAAAAGGUGAGGUUUGCUGUGUGGAGCCUCUACAUGCUGGACCUGAACUGAAAGAUCAUCCCAUCACUCAGUACUCCCUGCUGGCCAUGGCCUCACUCACCAAGAUACUGCUGAUAGGACUGAAGCCUUCACUCAAGGUCUGGAUGACUUUUCCCUACGGCAAGACGGAUCCUGCCAGUGUCCCCUUGUUGGCUUGGCAGUUUGUGGCAGUGCAGAAAGCAAUCAACCCUGUUCUGGCCUUCUGCAGAGGAGACGGCAUCCACUUCCUGCUGGUUAAAAAGGAUGAAUCCGGGACCAUCCAUGUCAUCAGACAGCGACAACUCCAACUCAGCUGUGACCUCAUCAGUCUAAGCUGGAUAAACCCCCGUACAUUGGUGUUAAUGGACAUCACAGAGAAGCUGCGUGUGGAGGACAGACCCAGUCAGGAGGAGCUGGAGACAGUGGACGUAGCCAAGCUGCAGCUGGUUUACAAUAGCAGCCAUUUUAAAUCCCUCGCCACCGGAGGAAAUAUCAGCCAAGCACUGGCUCUAGUUGGAGAGAGGGCUUGUUACCAGUCUGUGUGCAGCUAUGCAAGCCAGAUUAUCUAUCUGGGAACAAAGUCUGUGCAUAUCAUGACACUGAGGAACUGGCGUGAGCAUGUGGACCAUCUGCUGAAGCAGGAGAAGUUCAUGGAGGCUCUGUCUCUGGCCUGGUGCUUCCAUGAGGGCACUGCAAAAGCUGUGCUAGGUCUGUUUGCAGACCCUGCCAAGAGAAAAGGUGUGGUAGCAGACAAGAUGGUGGAGAUUUUGUUACAGUAUGUGGAUCGUUCUCUGAAAAAGUGUCCAGAGCAUGGGAAGAUCCAGGUGAUGGAGCAGCACUUCCAGGACAUGGUUCCUGUCAUGGUGGAUUACUGUCUCCUUUUACAGAGGAAGUCCCCCUCGUGCCGACAAAACAGCUCUGACCUGUCAAGGCAUGGACUCCACAAAACCUCUGAAGGUGUCCUGUGGUAUCUGGCACCAAGACAUAAGCAGCAGAUCCUUGAAGUCCUAAACUCUUUCAGGCAAUUGGUCCUCCUCUUCGUGAAGGAAAGUCUCCUCCAGGUGUUUGAGUUCCUCAUUCGUCUGCACUCAGUGGAGGCUGAACAGGAAGAAGUUUAUCCCUACAUCCGAUCUCUCCUCCACUUCGACACUCAAGAGUUCCUCAAUGUCCUGGCGCUGACAUUUGAGGACUUCAAAAAUGACAAACAGGCUCUGGAGUAUCAACAAAGGAUUGUGGACAUUUUACUGAAGGUCAUGGUGGACAAUUCUGACUUCACCCCGUCUCAGGUCGGCUGUCUUUUCACCUUCCUGGCACGCCAGCUCGCUAAACCUGAUAACACCCUCUUUGUUAACCGGAAGCUGUUUGACCAGGUUCUGGAAUUCCUGUGUAGUCCAGAUGAUGACUCUAGACAUACAGAAAGACAGCAGGUACUUCUGGAGCUGCUGCAGGUUGGGGGUGUGGUCCAGUUUGAUGAGGGGUGUCUCCUCGACCUUGCAGAGAAAGUUUUAUCAAAUCUGCGAGUUUAUGUUUGACAAAAAUCACCUUUAUGACAAAAUCGUCGACUGCUACCUGAAAGACCCUUUGAGAAAGGAGGAGCUCUUCAUCUACAUCCAUAACAUCCUGUCAAUGCCCGGCUACAGCCCAGAGGAGAAACAGUCUGUGUGGGUCAAAGCCCUUCAACACAUCAAGCGCAGUUGUAUGGAUUAUUGCAUCUA